AAAUCGCGUUGACAAAUUGCAACGGCUUUAAAUCAAUCGCGGAGCAUUAAAAAAAUCCCCCCCCCCCCUUUCUUCGGCAAUGGACCAGGAUGCGGAAGCCAUCCUGGAGCACGAGACCAGUCUGGGGUUGCGCGUUUGGCAGCUCAUGUUCAUCUGUCUGGGCUCGGUGCUGGCCGUGGUGGUGAUGCUGUGCUGUUGCAUCCGGUUCCGAAUUCCACGCACCAAGCAGGACAUCGAGGCGGACUACCGGCGGAAGCGGCUGACCAGGAAGUUUCGCGAGCGGCUCGACUGCAUGAACAACACCGACAUUGACGAGAUGGAUCUGCUGAAAGCGCUCGAUCGGGUACGGCAACAGUGUCUGGUGGAGGCGCAGAAGUCCAGUCGGAACGAAGUGGUCGUGAAUUUUGAGUACCACGACAGUGAUGUGUUUAAAAGUGCUUGA